CCUUCUUUUUCUGACACAAAUUGCUUGAUCCUUUUGUUGUAUCUCCAUCUCACUCCCACACUUAACUUAAGUACUAAAAUCUCUUUCUCCUCUUUCCUUCAUUGUAAUUUUCUUACUUUAUCCUUAAAAUAGAAAAAUGGGGUUGCAUAUUUUUCCUCUAGACGAAGGAAACAUAUAGAGAAAAGGUUAAAGACACCAACUUUUAACUGAAACUCAAUAUGGGUAUUUGUCAACUAAACCCACUUUCUUCUUUCCAUCCAUCAAAAGCUACCACGCUACCAUUGAUAUUCUGCAGUAGAAUCUACGUGUAAAAGUUGAAAUCUUUGCUUCAUUUUUUUGGAGCUGACUUGGUGUUGCAGUCAGAUCUACAACUUGCUUUGUGCUGAGGUGCAUAUUCCAGACAUUCUCACUGAUCAAGUUGGGAUAAAUUCGGUGUUUCUAUGCAAAUAAGUGUUUAGUACUGUGUGUGGAACGAGUGGUUCUGUGUUGAUGUGGUUGCCUCUUUUUUUAAUGUUUUAGUUUUGGAGAUCUAGUAUGUUUGUUUGUGAGAAAGAGAGUGUUUUGAAAUUGGACUAAUUGGGUCUGAGAUUGAGAGGAGGACUCUUUGUUGGGGGCAGAUAUGGCCUCUGGUGAAGGGAGGCAGCAUCAUCAUCGUGAUCUUGUGCCUCUUGCUGCGUUACUUAAGAGAGAGAUGAAGAGUGAAAAGAUGGAGAAGCCUAAUGUGAGGAUUGGUCAAGCUGCUCAGUCUAAGAAAGGAGAGGAUUACUUCCUAAUUAAGACCGACUGUCAGCGUGUGCCCGGGAACUCUUCAACAUCCUUUUCUGUAUUUGCGAUCUAUGAUGGACACAAUGGAAAUGCUGCAGCCAUUUUUACUAAGGAAAAUUUGUUAAAUCACGUGCUGUGUGCUCUUCAUCGAGGGCUUGGGCGAGAGGAGUGGUUGCAAGCUUUACCUAGAGCUUUGGUUGCUGGUUUUGUUAAGACUGAUAAGGAAUUUCAGAGCAGAGGAGAAACUUCUGGAACCACAGCCACAUUUGUGAUAGUUGAUCGGUGGACUGUGACUGUCGCAUCUGUUGGAGAUUCUCGUUGUAUACUAGAUACUCAGGGUGGUGCUGUUACCACCUUAACAGUUGAUCACAGACUGGAAGAGAAUAUUGAAGAGAGGGAACGUGUUACAGCGAGUGGAGGUGAAGUUGGGAGGCUUAGCAUUGUUGGUGGUGCCGAGAUUGGUCCCCUUCGAUGCUGGCCGGGAGGUCUAUGCCUUUCUAGGUCAAUAGGAGACAUGGACGUUGGGGAGUUUAUAGUUCCAAUACCAUAUGUCAAACAAGUGAAGCUAUCAAAAGCUGGUGGGAGGCUUAUAAUUGCUUCUGAUGGCAUAUGGGAUGCUCUAUCAUCAGAAAUGGCUGCAAAAUCUUGCCGUGGUUUGCCUGCCCAACUUGCUGCUAUGCAGGUUGUCAAGGAAGCACUAAGAACAAGAGGGUUAAAGGAUGAUACAACAUGCAUAGUAGUUGACAUAAUCCCACCUGAUAACGAAUUGCCUUCAACACCUCCCCCAAGAAAGCGGAACAAGUUGAUAGAUUUUUUCUUCAGGAAGAAGUCUCGUGAUUCUGCUGGUAAGCUCUCAAAGAAGCUUUCAGCUAUAAAUAUAGUGGAAGAACUGUUUGAAGAAGGAUCAGCAAUGCUUGCUGAAAGAUUAGGAAAUGAUGACAACACAGGUCAAUCAACAUCUGGCCUUUUUGUUUGUGCUGUAUGUCAAGUUGAUCUUGCUCCGAGUGAGGGCAUAUCCGUCCACGCAGGUUCAAUUUUCUCGACUAGCUCGAAGCCCUGGCAAGGUCCUUUUCUAUGUAGUGAUUGUCGCGAUAAGAAGGAUGCAAUGGAAGGAAAACGUCCUAGUGGAGUUAAAGUGUCAUAAGGCUCAAAAUUAGAGUCUUCUAUUCUUUAAGCCAUAUGUAUCACUUUUUGUAAUCACAAUUUUUAUAGGCCAAGUAAUUGAUUGAAUCUCACAAUCAAGUAGCAAGGGAUGAAGAAGAUUGUUCAGCUCUACCUGAGUUGGAGGGGUUAAGAUCAGUGUGAGGUAGAUUCUUUUGUAUAGUAGUUUCUAUUAUGUUGCUUAAUGUUCCCACCAAUAUCAGAAUAAUCUUCAUUAACUAUGCAGUGUAAAUAAAUAUCUUUGCAUUAGACAAAUCUUUACCAUU